CUUCUUCCAAUCUUCCCUCCUCAUACUCUUCCUUCAAAUAAUAUCUGCCUCUCAACGCCAUACUAUUUCUCCCCCCUUCUCUCUCUGAACCAUUCGAUUUUCGUCCAUUCUUUCUCCGCCACCGUCUCACUUUCUCCGUCACUGUCACCGUCGUCUCCCACCGUGGAACGACCGCGCACGUCAUUGAUUAUGGACAUGGUUUAAAUGCGAGAAAAACUCCCCAAGUGUUGUUGGAACUGAGCCUGUCCUAUCAAUUUAAGCUCAAUCGCAUCGAAAUGAAAGGUUCACGGAAAAUGCCGAAGAGUUUAAUGAAGGGAGAAAGCUCGAAGAAACCUCAUAAAAACCUAGAAAAGAAAUCGGAUGAAAGCUUGAAAAACAAACGCGAUCGUGGUAGUGAAAGCGACGAUCAAUCGUCUCCAAGAGGCGUGUUUGAAGUUCCUGGAUCCGGUUCUGAUUCCGAUAACAGUAUCAACCUAAGAAGGAGCAUGAGUGCUAGCGCGAGCAGCUGCAGCUUGAAAUUUGAUAAGAAACCUCCGGCAGUGGCGACGACGGGAGGAUGCGACGGAGAUGGAGAUAGGGAAAACAACAGCACCAGCGUUCCGGCGUCGCCAACGGCUGAGACGGUGCCAUGGAGGAAUAUGAUGGAUAAUUUGAAGUGGAAAUCGUUCAGAAGGUUUUCGACUGGGCCGUUGGUGGCUGGAUAUGAACAUUCAAGGAAGAGCUUCAUGAAGAAAUUUGGGAGGAAUAAUAGCUCGGAGGCGACCAUUAACGAGUUUUAUAUGCCUAAACCUUCAUGGCGGAGUUUCACUUAUGAAGAACUUGAGUCGGCUACAAAUGGUUUCAGCCAUGACAAUUUACUCGGAAAAGGCGGGCACGCAGAAGUAUACAAAGGCUAUUUACCCGAUGGUCAAAUUGUAGCCGUAAAAAAAAUAACAAAAAAAGAGAAAAAAGACGACGAUAGAGUUGGGGAUUUUUUAACCGAACUUGGGAUCAUUGCACAUAUCAACCACCCAAACGCCGCUAGGUUAAUCGGUUUCAGUUCUGAUAAUGAUUUGCACCUUGUCCUUCAAUUCGCCCCUCACGGUAGCCUUGCAACUUUACUACAUGGUAAUGAAGAGAAUGUAGAUUGGAAGAUAAGGUUUAAGAUAGCGAUUGGGAUUGCGGAAGGUUUACAGUAUCUUCAUUAUGACUGUAACAAACGUAUAAUUCAUCGCGAUAUCACAGCUUCAAAUAUUUUAUUAACCGAAGAUUAUCAACCUCAGAUAUCAGAUUUUGGUCUAGCGAAAUGGCUACCCGAAAAAUGGGCUCAACAAGUUGUUUCACCAAUCGAGGGCACUUUCGGAUAUAUGGCUCCCGAGUAUUUCAUGCACGGAGUAAUUCAUGAAAAGACGGAUGUAUUUGCUUUUGGUGUUCUUUUGCUCGAACUUAUCUCCGGUCGUCGUGCUGUUGAUUCACGUCGACAAAGUCUCGUAAUCUGGGCGAAACCGCUAUUGGAGAAAGGUAGCAUAAUAGGACUAAUCGAUCCUCGAUUAGAAAAUUCGUAUGAACUUAUCGAAGUAAAGCGUAUAAUUUUGCUUGCUUCAUCAUGUAUUCAUCACAUGCCUGAAAAACGCCCGAACAUGAAACGAGUUGUUCAAAUACUAAAAGGGGAUUCCACAAUCAUGGAUUUGAGACAAAAGACAUUUGAUGGGAGAGCAAUGAUUUUAGAUGCUUGUGAUUUGGAGGGUUAUACUUCUACAACGUAUCUCAAUGAUCUCAAUCGUCAUCGGGAACUUGUUAUGGGUUGAUAUAAACUUGUACAAGUACAGUGCGUCUGAUAUAAAAUCAGACACAUUGUACCUGUACUUGCACUGUAUACAUACUUGUAUGUAUUUACGUAUCAGAUACGUUGAUGUUAACAGCAACAACGUGCUGGUGUAUCAAAGGCCAAAGGGGUAUUGUCUUUUUUUGUUGUAUAUUUUUCUUGGAAGUGUUGGUUGUUGUUGAUUUUAGAUGGAGAAAAGGGUUGUAAAUCGUGUAUUUAUGAUAUAUACAUUUAUUAAAUCCCAAAAAUGUAAGUUGUUAG